UUUAUCUCCUCCUUUAAGCUCCCCUAUCUUCAGUAUAAUAUAGCCAAGAUGCAGCUUGAAGAGAGGCAGGACAGUAAGGCAAAGGCUAAAGACACAACACAAACGAGAAAUAUCACAAUCGGUGCACAAGUGUUAAGGUUUCUUGCUCUUCAUCUUGCUAUUCAUCUUUGAGGGAGAAAAACAGUAUGGCAGCCUUUGCAGGAACCCAGCAAAAAUGUAUGGCUUGUGACAAGACAGUGUAUCUUGUUGAUAAGUUAACGGCUGAUAACAGGAUUUAUCACAAGGCCUGCUUUAGAUGCCACCAUUGCAGGGGUACCCUUAAGCUAAGCAACUACAGUUCUUUUGAAGGGGUUCUGUACUGCAGACCUCACUAUGACCAACUCUUCAAGAGAACUGGCAGUCUAGACAAGAGUUUCGAAGGAACACCAAAAAUUGUGAGACCAGAAAAACCUGUUGAUAAUGAGAACGCAAGCAAAGUCUCGAAUUUGUUUGCUGGCACCAGAGAAAAAUGUGUUGGGUGCAACAAGACUGUCUAUCCUAUCGAGAAGGUUACAGUAAAUGGGACUCCAUACCAUCGGAGCUGUUUUAAGUGUACCCAUGGAGGUUGUACUAUUAGCCUAUCCAACUACAUUGCACAUGAGGGAAAACUCUACUGCAAGCAUCACCAUAUCCAACUUUUCAAGGAGAAAGGGAACUACAGCCAGCUUGAGAAUGAACGCGAGAAAAAUCCAGUCACUGUGAAUAUCACCGCUGUGGAAAUUGCCGCUGAAUCAUAAUCAACUAAAGACUACUUGUCCCCCUCCUUAGCGCUUUUUAGUCCUUCCUACCAUAAAUGGCAUCGCAGGAUCUUCUUGGAUUUUCUUCUCUUCUACAUGUCAAGGAUUGGUUUUCGCUUGCAAGAUUGGAUGUGUUAGUGUCCCAUUGCUGUAAUUUUGUGGGAACUCUGAGUGUGAUGUGUCAGUUGAAAUUUCUGCCAAGAUUGAGUAACCUGAGAUACUACGUGGCACAGUUUGUAUCCUUUGUUUCCUCAAAAUACGUAAAGAUUUCGGUA